AUGAGGGAUAUCGGAAAUUCCAAUCGCGUUCUCCAUUGCACCAUCGAUCCAAACGUCUGCUAUCGACAAUCGAAGAUGUCAAUCCUGAAUAUUGAAAAUCAACUCACAUCCCGCUCAGCAAGUCAAGUUGUCAUCUACUGGUGGAAGGCUUAUCAUUUUUCUACAUUUGGAAUUAGAUGCGUUUCUUUGAGACCACCACUCCUCACCGGCCUCUUCGCUUGUAUGAUCACCAAGAACACGUGUUUCGUCUGUUGUAAGUGCAAGUGCAGGAAUGACUAUGACAAGAAGAUUGAUUUGAAACUGGAACGAUUAUGAUGCAUCUAGCAAUAAGAAGAUCAAAUCUGAUGAUGUAGUUUGUUGAUUAUUUAUGAGCAAAAUAAUUUUAGUUGGAGGUGCAAGUAAGAAUUUGAAGCCAUCUUUAAGAAACAUCUUUAUUUUCACUGAGCAAAUUAAAUCUGAGAUUAUGUUUAUCAUUGCCAUCCAUAUCUUUAUAAAGCUUAUUUUAAUGUUCAUAA